AUGCAUUGUGGAGAGGAAGACAUUGGAAAAGGCAUACGUAUACUCAGCAAAAAGGUCUUCGAUACGUUGGUUGACGACCAUGGCAGCGACCUGGAUGUCCCGGGAACACUUUUUGCACUAUAUGACGUCCACACGUCAGUCUCUCCGACGGGCAUAUUUACCCAAGCGCACACGACGACCGACCCUCGUUUGAGGGCGUACUUCUCUCGUGCAUACAAGUUCACCAGAACAAUUGACAAGAGCCUGGAGAAUUUCGUCGCCCGCGGGAUGAAGCCUUUUCUCCUGUCCAUCGGCUUGGAUGGGUUCGCAUGCAAGGCAGAUCUUAUCCUGCCAUGGCUCGAGCGCUCUCCAUCUUUCACGCUUAUUAUCCGCGAGACUGAAUUGGUGUAUGGCAUGGACAUAGCCUACUUCCCCCAGCAUGAUUCUGGCUUCUAUUAUGGGUUCUUCGAGUCCCGCGACCUUCUCGUUGGGCUGUCCGCGGACACGGCGGUAGAUGACGGCGUUAAGAACUUACUGACGGCCUGGAAGGCUUGCCAGGACUGGAAAGAACAAGGUCGUCAGGCAAACAACGGUCGCCUGAUCGGGCGGAACGGCGACCCGGAACGCGUACUCAAGAAGGCGAAACGGGGCCCAAAGAGAUCGCCCGUGGUGCCGACUGGUGUAACGACCAACUUUUUCGAACCAGCAUGA